UGCUCCAAAAUUCCCACUAGGACGCGAUUGCACCUCAACCUUAUCACAACUCAAUUCCACCAUUAUGGAAAGCCCAUUGUGCUCGAUCGGGCCGACAGACCCUCCACAGACCCACAGUUCUGCCGACACCGAACGUUCUUCCGAGCCAUCUUCAACCCUGUCAAUCAUGUCCGAACCAUCCGAUCUGAACACGCCGGUGCCCAUAUUGGCGCAACAGGCUCCUCCCGCUGCGAUUGAGCCCACCACUCAGACUACCAUGGCUUCACCAGAGCAUCCGACUGAGCUUUCUACUCCGAUGGUCGUGGCUCAACAAGAGCCCUCGAUUGAGCUACCAGCGAGAGCCACUGCACCUCCCGAACCGCAUCAUCCUCGACGACCACCUCGCCCACGACACCCGCCUGCCCGCCUCGACGGUUAUCAUUGUUACUCGACUAUGCCGACCCCCUCUUGUCUCGCACCUGCUUCAUCGACUUCUUCAGCGAGGAGCACGCGUGUCAUGACCACCGGACGAGAUGACCCACCGCCGCCGGACGACGAGCGCUGCCGUAUGAAACGCGGCGACGAGUGGCGGUGCCGGUCGCGUAAGAUUGACGACGAGGGCUACUGCGAGAAGCACAUCCAUGGGAAGCCCGCCGAUGCUGCUAGGGUUGGGGAAAAAAGAUCCUCCAGGGCGGGCGGUGUGAGUUCGAACAGGAGGAGAAACGGCGGUUCAUCCUCCGAGGAAGAGGUUAUCCCGGAGAAAAAGUCGAGGGGCAAGGUGGAGGGCAAUGGAAGCGAGGUUCCGGUCGGUGUAGAUCGUGGUGAGGCAGGGGAGGAUGUGGGAGACGAGGAAAGGCCGGCGUUGGGGCGGAGGGUCAGGGCCGCGAGCAUUAAGGUUCGGGAAUUUUAUCAAGCGUGUCAUGGCGAUAGUGAAGAUAGCGAUCAGGGCGUGGAAUCUGACGAACAGGGUGAAAAGGAUGCUGUUUUCAUGAAGAUGAAGGAUCUUAAAUCCCCGGAGAUGAAAACACAAAUGAAAAAAGAAAAAGUGAAACUUGAUAAGGACGUCUCAAGUUUGAAAUUAGCCAAGAAGAGGAAGGAGAGUAGAUCGGUGAACUCUGGUACAAAGGAUAAUAAUGAUGAGAGUCAGGAAGUGCAAGACAUGAAGAAACCGAAGAAGGAAGAAAAUGGCUCUGCUUGUCACUCAGAAACUGGUUUGAGGGAUAAAGAAGUUACAAGAAUCGAGAUGGGUGCUGGCUCAAACUCGAAGAUGCUCAAAGGUAAGGGAAUGAAGGAAGAAGAGAUAGCAGAUAUGGGAGAAGAUGAAAAAGUUGAACUAAAAUCUAAGGAUAUCUCACGUCGUAGAAGUCAAAGAGAAAAAAAGCCUCUACCAACACAGAAAUCAACCAGAGUUAGCAAAUAUAUAAGUGAUGAUCCGAAUGAUAGAUUCCAGAUGUGUCAUCAAUGUAUGAAGAGUGAUAGGAAAGUGGUACGGUGCAGCAAAUGUCCUAAUGCACGUACUAAAGCACCUCCAAAGCGAUAUUGUUUUGAAUGCAUCCGAGCAUGGUAUCCAGAACUAUCAAAGGAAGCCAUAGCAGAAGCUUGUCCAUUUUGUCGUAAUUGUUGCAACUGUAAAGCUUGUUUACGUGGAGCUAAUAAACCAGAGGCUCUUAAGAUUGAGGAUCUAGCAGAUAAAGGAGAUAAAAUACGAUUCCUGAAGUAUCUCAUUAGUUUUCUCUUGCCUUAUGUGGAACAAUUCUGUUAUGAUCAGAUGGUGGAGAAGACUGUGGAAGCCAAGAUUUGUGGGUCAUCAGAUGUGAAGAUAGAGAAAAUUGACUAUUCUCCGGAAGAGCGUAUGUAUUGCAACAAUUGCAAAACCUCUAUAGUUGAUUUCCAUCGAAGCUGUCCAAGUUGUUCAUAUGAUCUCUGUCUGACCUGCUGCAAGGAGAUUCGAGAAGGCUGUUUGAAGGGGUGUGAAAGUGUUACCGUUAAGUAUGAGAAAACAAGUAAUGACUACUUACAUGGAUUUUCUUUUUGCAAAGAAUCAAAAAGACCAGUGAGGCCAUCACGAAAUAGAGAGUUAGACAGUAUACCUGAACAGAUGCCACUCCCUAAGUGGGAAGCAACUACAUCAGGUGAGAUACUUUGCCCGACAAAGGAAAGGGGUGGGUGUGGAAAUGGCAAACUGGAGCUCAAGUGUAUUUUUGACGAGAGCUGGUUGUUUGAGUUGAAAGAGAAGGCCAAAAGUUUAGUUGCUGCUUGCGGACCUGCUGAGGUACUCCGGAGUUCCUCUCAGUGUCUGUGUUCGGAAUCCAAUGACGAUGCACAACUGAGGAAGUGUGCAUAUCGAGUCAGUUCUAAAGAUAAUCACCUAUUCUGUCCAUUGGCAAGUGAUAUUAAACCAUGGGAACUGGAGCAUUUUCAGAGACACUGGAUCAUGGGGGAGCCAGUUAUUGUGCGUGAUGUUCUCAAACUUACAUCUGGGUUGAGUUGGGACCCAAUGGUGAUGUGGCGUGCUGUCCGUAAGGUUGUAAUUAAGAAAGGUUCCUCUGACUUGAUGGUAACAGCAUUAGAUUGCCUUGACUUCUGUGAGGUUGAUGUAAACAUUCAUCAGUUUUUCAAAGGGUACACUGAAGGUCGUAGACAUAGUACUUCAUGGCCUGAAAUGCUAAAGCUGAAGGAUUGGCCCCCAUCCACUUUAUUCGAGGAGCGAUUGCCACGCCAUAAUGCAGAGUUUCUUAAUGCCUUAACCUACAAAGAAUACACGCACUUACACUCUGGACCUUUAAAUUUGGCUGCACAGUUACCCAAAAAAAUGCUGAAACCAGACCUGGGGCCUAAAACAUAUAUAGCCUACGGUUAUCCGGAAGAGCUGGGACGUGGGGAUUCUGUUACUAAGCUUCAUUGUGAUGUUUCAGAUGCGGUGAACGUAUUGAUGCACACUGCUGAUGUGGAUCCAAGGUUCUAUGAUCUUAAAGGAAUUGAAAAGUUAAAAAAAAGGCAUGCUGAGCAUGACCGAGAAGAACUCUUCGGUAAUGUCAAUGCAGAUGGUAAAGGGUCUGAAAUAGCCAUGGAGGAAGCAAAUGUCGGCAAUAAAGGGGAGGGAGGUGCACUUUGGGACAUUUUCAGAAGAGAAGAUACUCCCAAGCUUGAGGAAUAUCUUAGAAAGCAUCAUAAAGAAUUUAGGCAUAUUUACGGUUGUCCGGUGGAGCAGGUUUUACAUCCAAUUCAUGAUCAAAGCUUGUACUUGACCUCUUAUCAUAAAGCGAAGCUCAAGGAGGAAUUCGGAGUUGAACCUUGGACUUUUGAGCAAAAACUUGGAGAAGCUGUGUUUAUUCCUGCUGGAUGUCCACAUCAAGUUAGAAAUCUUAAGUCUUGCAUAAAAGUUGCUCUCGACUUUGUUUCACCUGAAAAUCUUGGAGAGUGCAUUCGGUUGACUGAAGAAUUUCGUGCUCUUCCCCAGAGCCACAAAGCUAAGGAGGAUAAGUUAGAGGUAAAGAAGAUGGCUAUUCAUGCUUUAGAUAAUGCAGUGUCUUCUCUCAGCAAACUAAUCGUUGAAAUGUCAAAAGAUGAGAAGCCAGAAGCUAACUAA